UCUCAUAUUUCAGACCCACCACCCUUUCUCUCUCUUCAUUUUGAGCAAGAGAGAAACCAAACCAAAACUCUCUCUCUCUCUCUCUCUCUUCUGUCCUUGUGACAGAGCUUCAGUUUGGCCUCAGCUUCACAGUACCAUUACAGAUUCCUAGGACGUAGGUUGUCGUUUCAGGCAUUUUACAAAGAUAUUGAUCAGAUUUCAACGAUUUUACCGGGUUCAAUUCUGGAAAGCCUGAUAAUUUCAAGUGAAAUUUUGCGUGCAAAGUUCAUAUAUUUAUUAGAGAUUCAGAGUGGUUGAUCUUGGUGCAAAGAGCUGAAUGGGAAUCUUUGAAGAAAUGGGUUUUUGUCCCAAUCUUGAAUUUCUUUCAGGCUCUCUUGGGGAAGUAGAGGGAGUUCCUGAGCAUGAACAAGGGACAGGAGCAGAGGAUGAUUAUAGUGAUGAAGAGAUGGAUGUUGAUGAGCUUGAGAGGAGGAUGUGGAGAGAUCGAAUGCUAUUGAGACGACUCAAAGAACAGAAUAAGGGAAAGGAAGGGGCUGACAAUGCAAAGCAGCGCCAAUCCCAGGAGCAAGCCCGAAGGAAGAAGAUGUCUCGGUCGCAAGAUGCUAUACUGAAGUAUAUGCUGAAAAUGAUGGAAGUUUGUAAAGCUCAAGGAUUUGUUUAUGGGAUUAUUCCUGAAAAGGGCAAGCCGGUGAGUGGAGCCUCUGACAAUCUGAGGGCAUGGUGGAAGGAAAAAGUAAGGUUUGAUCGUAAUGGUCCUGCUGCAAUUGCCAAGUAUCAGGCAGAUCAUUCAAUCCCUGUGAAGAAUGAAGACUGCAGUGCAAUGGCAUCCACCCCUCACACCUUGCAGGAGCUCCAGGACACAACUCUUGGAUCACUUUUGUCAGCUCUGAUGCAGCACUGCGAUCCGCCUCAGAGGCGUUUCCCCUUGGAGAAGGGUGUUGCCCCGCCAUGGUGGCCAUCUGGGAAUGAGGACUGGUGGCCACAAUUGGGUUUGCCUAAGGAUCAGGGGCCUCCUCCAUACAAGAAGCCUCAUGAUCUUAAGAAGGCUUGGAAGGUGAGUGUUCUCACAGCUGUUAUCAAGCACAUGUCCCCUGACAUUGCCAAGAUCCGCAAGCUUGUUCGUCAGUCAAAAUGCUUGCAGGACAAGAUGACUGCCAAGGAGAGUGCCACUUGGCUGGCCAUUAUAAAUCAGGAGGAGGUGCUGGCUCAGAUUUUGUACCCUGAUAAAUGUCCACCUUUGUCAGCUGCUGGGAGCGGGUGUUUGGCCAUCUGUGAUUCUAGUGAUUAUGAUGUUGAAGGAGUGGGUGAUGAACUGAAUGUUGAUGUAGAAGAUUGCAAGCCCCUCGAUGUCAAUCUCUUGAAGAUGGGCGCUGCUGGACCAAGAGAUAGGCUUCUUAUCCCACCAGUGGAUCCUCAAAUUAAGGGAGAGCUCAUUGAAAUUAACUCAUCAGAUUUCAUUCCAAAGAGGAAGCAGCUGCCUGAUGAGCAACAUUCAUUGAUGGAUCAAAAGAUGUAUACUUGUGAGUUCCCUCAUUGCCCAUAUAAUGACUACCGCCUUGGUUUUCUAGACAGGAAUUCGAGAAACAAUCACCAAAUGAUUUGUCCACACCGAAACAAUCCUUCGCAAGCAUUUGGAAUGUCAAACUUUCAAAUCAAUGAUGACAAGUCAGCAGCCUUCUCUCUACCCUAUACUCAACCUAAGCCAGCUACUCCACCAGUGAACCAGAGUCCACUUAAUGUUUCAAGACUAGGACUUCCUGAAGAUGGGCAGAAAAUGAUAUCUGAGCUAAUGGCAUUCUAUGAUACCAAUCUUCAGCGUGGCAAAAGCUUGUGUCCUGGCAACGUCAAUGAUACCAAUCUUCAUCAGCAGCAGCAGCAGCAAAAGUUUCAACUUCAGAUGGAUGAUGGCUAUUACAGCCAGGGGGUUGUUAUGGGAGGCAACAUGUGUGAAGAUACUAGCAUGCCUAUGCAACACGGUGUGUUUCCAACAACAGAAGUUCAGUUUGGUCAGUGCAAGCCAUUUGAUCCUCCAUUUGAUAGCAAUCCCAACGAUAAUCUCACUGAAUUCAGAUUCAGCUCUCCGUUUAACCUUGCACCCAUUGACUAUACGGUAGACUCAUUGCCAAAGCAAGAUGUCUCCCUGUGGUACCUCUGAAGAAAACGGCAUAACUUUUAUCUUCCGGCUUUCUUUGGUUGACAGCACUCAUAUAAGGGGAAAGCUGUAUGUUGAAGUGCGGAAAGUCAUCUGUACAAAGUUCCGUGUUGGAUGGAGGAAGCUUCUUCCUCUCUAAAUCUAGUUGCUUAAUAUAUAUAUAAGCUUGUUUUAUUAGAUGUUUUUAAGUCCACAUGAACUUGGGUUAAUUCUGCUAGUCUAGGGCAUCUUUCAGUGCAGGAUUGAAGAAGGCCAAUAAAGAACUGGGAAGGACCAAGCCAAUAUUCAGUGCUGCUGUGAAAUAGCUUAGAAGCAUAAGCAUCUUCUUGUUGCAUAACUGAGAUGUCCAUGUUAGAUAAUAUAUAUACACACAUACAUCUAUAUAAAUGAUGUUAGUUGUAACAUUUCUUAACCUGCAUUUUGCCUGUGUUGGGCAUACUGCACAUGUAUGGUGAUGUACUCUAAUUAUGUCUUGUUCCCUAUAUAUCUGAAGAAGAAAUUACUUUUAUUCUAA